AAGAACCACCGCACAGAUCCAAGUACUGACAGGACCACAAGUGGAGCCAGGCCAACAUGGGGAAAAGAGAAAGGAGGGGAAAGCCCCACUGAGAGUUUUUCUCAUCCUUCAGUGGGCUGCAAAUGUAAUCAAUCACUCUUUUUGGCUACGUUAUUGGGUUCUUUUACCCACCACCUUCUCCACCUCCAUUCCUUCAAACCCCACAGCACUGGGUAGGCAAGAAAGAAGGUUAGAGGGGAAAGGAGGUGUUGGCCUCAUUAGGCUACUUCCUGCUGAUUAGGGACCCCGAGUUCCUACAGGCAAGUUUGAUCUCCAUUGUCAGGAUAUCCAGUUUCUUCCUCUCAUCAACUUUGCUCACAACCACUUGACAAACCACAACCAGCAGCAGGAGGAGAGCAGCAGCCUCCUCCUUUCUUGGGGCUGUGUCCCCAGCCACAGUUUAAAUCAUUUCAAUGUAUUGCCAUGUAUCACUUUAAAACUCCUAAUUCUGUCACCUCGUUCUGGUAAGAACUCCUAGACAUAAGAAACACAGAGAGCUUUCCCAGAGAGCCGUGACCAAAGAGGAACUGUUGUAGGCUGAGGCUGGGAGUCAGCCCUAGUGUUAGUAGAGGGGAUGUGGACAUUUCAGUAGCGUCUGCUGAGUGGAGAGCUGACAAAGGGGGAAUGAGCCAGGGCAUGAAGAUGAGGAGAGAGGGCGGGGGACUCUGGCGUCCCUGUCCCUCAGCAUGGGAGAGAAGCCUCCCCAUGAUACAAAACCGUUCUGAGGUGCAGAACAGAUGGCGCCGGUCACCACCUUCUGUUUCUGAUCACAGGAGGCCACAGAGAAAGCCAUCUUCCUGGAAUGGAGCCAUUGGCAAUGACCUUGUAUCCUCUGGAAUCCACACAACCCACCAGAAACAAAACCCCAAAUGAAACCACCUGGUCUUCAGAGCAUACGGAUGACCACACUUACUUCUUAGUCUCCCUGGUCAUUUGUUCCCUGGGACUGGCUGGGAAUGGCCUUUUGAUAUGGUUCCUAAUCUUCUGUAUCAAGAGGAAGCCAUUCACCAUCUACAUCCUCCAUCUCGCCAUUGCAGACUUCAUGGUCCUCCUCUGUUCGUCCAUCAUGAAGCUAGUGAACACUUUUCACAUCUACAAUAUGACCUUAGAGAGCUACGCCAUCCUCUUCAUGAUCUUUGGCUACAACACAGGGCUCCACCUCCUCACGGCCAUCAGCGUAGAGCGGUGCCUCUCCGUGCUUUAUCCAAUCUGGUACCAGUGCCAACGCCCAAAACACCAGUCCGCUGUGGCCUGUAUGCUGCUGUGGGCCCUCUCUGUUCUCGUGUCUGGUUUGGAAAACUUCUUCUGCAUUCUGGAAGUGAAGCCCCAAUUCCCAGAAUGCCGAUACGUGUACAUAUUCUCCUGUAUCUUGACUUUCCUGGUCUUCGUUCCUCUCAUGAUCUUCUCUAAUUUGAUCCUCUUCAUCCAAGUCUGCUGUAACCUGAAGCCACGUCAACCGACCAAGCUCUAUGUGAUCAUCAUGACCACGGUCAUCCUGUUUCUUGUCUUCGCCAUGCCCAUGAAGGUGUUGCUUAUCAUCGGCUACUAUUCUAGUUCUCUUGAUGAUUCUGUAUGGGACUCCCUCCCCUACCUGAACAUGCUGUCCACUAUAAACUGCAGCAUCAACCCAAUUGUCUACUUUGUGGUAGGCAGCCUGAGGAGGAAGAGGAGUAGGAAGUCCCUAAAAGAAGCACUGCAGAAAGUCUUCGAGGAAAAGCCAGUGGUGGCCUCGAGGGAGAAUGUGACACAGUUCUCGCUGCCUUCAUGACC